AUGCGAGACCGAAAUCUCGUGGGUGAACCAGUUGUCGCGGCGACGAAGAAGAAAAAGAAGAAAAAGAGACACCUGGAGUCGGGUCGAUACAAACGGAGCCCGAGCUGGUUCCGGAUAAAGGUGAGAGCAGGUGUUUUACUAAGGAGGAACGAUAAUAGGAGGUUGGAUGUAGAUCAGAAGGAGGAGGAAGAAGAAGAGGCGGAGGAGGGGUCGAGGAAUUUUGGAGUGGAUAGCGAGACGACAGAUCUCGAGGAAAAGGAAGAAAAAACGAGAAGAAGAAGGCCGGGAGUUGUGGGGGUCACCACGGGGGCGGGGGUGGGUUUGCCCCUGCUUCUUCUGGUCGUCGGUGUUCUUGGUAAUCAAGCGUGCACGACGACGGCUGCACCGGUGGUUUCCGAUCCGCACGUGUCCCUCGAUGCUACGCCUCCUCGUCUUCUGCCUCGAUCAACGGACCGUUCAUCGUCGUCGUCGUCAUCAUCAUCGAUAUUGUCAUCAUCGUCGUUCCCGUCUUCCUUUCGAAGAGCCAUUUACAAGGGUCGAUUUUCCAAUCACCAUCCGGAGAACCCAACCUACGAGAGCGCCUCGAAGGGAGAACUGGAUUAUCACGAGGUAUCGUUGCUACCGGGCGAACGAGAAGACCCGAACGGUCUCGACGGGGAUCGGUUGCUCUCUGCCUGGGAACGAACGAGAAUCGAUACCAUCGGAAAGAAGGAUCCUUCUUCCCCUGUAGUAGCAGGCGGAAGAGGAGGCGAAGAAAGUGAAGGAGGCGGAAAAGAAGGAAGAGGAGGAGGAGGUCUGGCUCACGAGAGGACCAAGUCGAGACGGCGACAGGUCGCCGCAGUGAGCCUGCUCGAUGAUCGAGGAUCAUCCUCUUUAAGCCCCGUCGAACCAUACCAAUUGGCUACGAGAUUUUUUCGUCCUGGUAACACGGAACCAUCUUCGAUUCAUAUCGACGGAGUCGAACCAGAAAUUCGUCGAGGCGGUAUUAUCUUUACCGCGAGCGAAACAACUGGCAGUGACUCAACAGUGAGAUUAUGGGCAACGACGUCAACGACGACGACAACGACGACGACGACGACGACGACGACGACGACGAAGACGACUACGAAGACGACGACGUUAACAAGAAGAACAGCAAAAACGGCGACUACGGUAACUACGGUACUACCAGUCCCUUGGACUAACACGUCGUUUCGUUUGGUUCAUCGAACUGUGCCUAGAUUAUCGGACGACGAAAGUGUAAAUUCGGGUAAAUCCGCUGGUAGACGCAACAGGAAGGCUAAAGACGAAGAAAAAGUGGUAGAGGUAGAUAUCUCGUCUCGUAAAGACGACAGGGAUAGGUUCGCGUUCGCGGGGGACCGUAGUAGUGGUGAGGUCAAAGGUGGUGGUGGUGGUGUCGUCGAGUGGACCACAACAGUCGCCAGGCCGAUGUCAGCGUGGUCGUAUCCUGAAGAUGAGGAGUCGGGAGCUGGAAACGUAAGGACACGCUCGAGGCCGAAAGAGGCGGCGAGCGAGGACAAGGAGGCCGAGAGUGGCGAAGAACAGGUCAAGGUCACGGUAACAGAAGCCAAAGGCUCAUCGUCUACGUCGACUACGGCAAGGACCACGAACACGUCGCCGACGACCACACAGUUACCACCACCGAGUCAAGAUACCUCUAUGGAAGCACUGAACGCGAGUAGCUACAUACUGUCAGUGGUGCUCGUCUUGAUAGUCGGGGCACUGGUGGGUGUCCUGGCGACGGUAUCUCAUCAUCUUCAUCAUCGUCGACUGCUACUGCACGAGCCAGCCUCCGCCUCGAUCUUGCAUCACCAUCGGCAACAUCAUCACCGCCAUCACCAUCAUCAUCGUGAGGAACUCCCAGCGUCGCAUCAACGACGUCUCCUGCUGCAGGAUCACCACCGUCACCCUGGCACACCGAUGCUGUCGGUGAGCCCAGGAAUGGAGGUAGGCAACAGCGGUCAUGGUGGCCUCGGCGAUAGACUAGAGGGUGAGCCAAACUGUGGUAGUGACGUGAUGGACGGUGGCGGCGGCGGCGGCGGAGCCACUGACGGGAUACAGGAAGCGAUGGUGGCCGCAGCGAGAGACCGGGCGAUCCGAUCUGGAAGUGUUCGGCAGGACCUCGCCCUCGAUCUACCCCCGCGGCUGCAACUUCCAGAUGGCGAGGAACGUCCUUACGGAGCACAUACCGCCCUUCACCUACGCGACCCGGAGCAGGAGAGCGAGAUUUACCAGAAGUGUGUGCGACCACCACCAAACCGGACGGUGUUCGACAGCGAGAGCCCUCCGCCUUACCGAAGCCAGUCCGCGUUGCUGGACGCGCCGGAUCGUAUAGUCCGGUGCCACAGCGCCGGCAGUUCCUUGUUGAGGGUGUUCCGGAAGUUCCCUAGUCCUGGGAGCUCGACGCCUGCCGUAGUGGUGCCGCCGCCGCCCAGACGACCUACCUUGUCCAGUUAUUCCGAAUCUAGUAGCAACUUGAGCAACCUGUCCAGCCUAACGAUGGUUCCCUGCGAGACCGACGAGAGUCAGCAACAAGAACAACAACAACAGCAGAAACCGCGCGUCUGAUCCGAGGCACGGCCAAGAAGAAGAGCGCUUGAGGUCACGCAGCAAACAAGCCCAACGACGUCGAAUAGCAGCGAAUUCCUCGAGGUCGACGGACGACGAAGGAUCUCGUGGAAGAGGCGACGAGCCAUUCCAAAAAUCGUGGCGGGACAACGAGAAGAAAAGACAGAGGAACGGGUCGACGACACACGGCACAAGGACGCUGCUGUUGCCUCUGAUACUGCCAGCAAGGUUGUCGUACUUGUUCUGCCCUCCUCGAGAAUUCUCGACCCGUCGAGGAUCCCUCAAGACUGACUCGCAGGAGAAACGUUCGUACGGGUUCGGCCAGCUGACGAAUACGUCUACCACGUUGUUACUACGGUCGUGGAUCGGCUGCGCGGAGAAUCUCGCCGACAGAUAAAAAACGCUACCACCUGAGAGAGGAGAAGAGAAGUUGAAGAGAAGAAUUUCAUACGACGAUCCUCCUCCUGUAACAUCCUACUUGUACCACCGCCGCAGCUGUAGAUCCUCCUUUGGACCGCGCAGCUUUGGAUGAUCCUUCAGCUUGGUUUUUUUUUUUUUUUUGGAACAGCGUCCUCGCCCGGGGGCUGACGAAGAUGAAGAGAGAGAAAGAAGGAGGGAGGAAGAGUGCUGCUUUCGUGGGUCUGUUCCCUUCGGUGCUUCCGGUGCUCGAUACCUUGCGAUACAUCGGCCAGUCUCUAGCCUAGAUCUCAGACGAUUCCAAAGUUAUUUAGAGACAAGGUUAGUUUAUUAACGCAGCUAAUGAGAUUGGAUUAGGGUGAAUUGAGGGUGGGCCGUUGAGGCACCAAACGAAUCGGAUCGAAAACGAAUCAGUCGAAGCGUGUACGAAAGCGAGAAACGGAUAAGAAUGGAAAUAAAGAGGGACGAUAGAAAAAAAGAAGAGAGAAGAAAAAUAGUAAAAUAGCGAGGCCUAUGAAGAAUUUAAGAGAGAAUAGACGCAAAGGUACGAUCCGUAAAGCAGCACCAGCCACGAGUAACGCAGAGAGUGACAUAUUUUGUUCCUGGGGGGGAAACACGAGACACCAUGAAGCAAUGUACGUGAUAGGAAGCUGGCCAUGGGAAAAUACACGAUGUAGCAAUUAGAAGCCGACAGAGUUUGCUGCCCGUUUGCUGCCGACCCAAGACGCGAUACCACAGACCAACGGGACGAUAUUUCUCAUCAUCGAGUUUCGUUUCGCUGCGAAAAAGACUUAGUAAAUUAUUUAUUGGCGAUAAUUCGCGAUGGAGCGUGUCUUUGUAGAGAGAGAGAGAGGGAGAGAGAGAGAGAGAGAGAGAGAGAGAGAGGCACACGACGAAGCGGAGAAAACGUGGAGAAGCGGACAACGCUGCGACACACGCUAGAAUAAAAUGAAUGUAUCCGCGCGUGAAUGAUUCGCGUCAAUUGUUUGCGUUUCUGUGUAUGUAUGCAUGUAUGUACGUAUGAAUGUAUGUAUGUAUGUAUGAUGUGCGUGUGUAUGCGUGUAUGCGCGCGCGUCCGUGCGUGAAAAUACGUGGAGCACGUAUCCGUGUGAAAAACGGGUCCAGAAGUGAGAAGAAAUGGAGAAAGAUAGAGAAUCGAAGAAAGGGAGGAAGAGCGUGGUAACAUCAUCGAGAGGAACGCGUGACGCGAAGGGCGAAAAGGAAAGGGAUUUUCUGAAUGACUGAUACGGCGCGAUUCUAUGCAAGGCUGUGUGUAAAUGAAAAAUGAAGAAAAAAAGAAAGAAACGAAUGAAAGGAAACCAGAGAGAGGAAAAGUAGUGCCAAGAGCGUUAAUAAAAAAAAAAAACAAAAAGAUGAUAACGAUGAUGGUAAUGAAACAAUGUAAAUAUUAGGUUAGGUAGUUCAAUAUCGAUAUAAUUAUUACGACUAAAAAUGAUAUGCUCUAUAUACUUGAUUAAAAAGUAAUAAACCUUUACACCACGCAUAAACACGAGUUAGACGGGCCGUACGAAAUCGCCAUGGGACACGCGUUACGCUUUUCGACGAGGCCUCUGUGACAUUUCUUCUGGAUAUGAAAGAACGAAAGAAAGUAAGAAAGAAAGAAAAAAAAGAAACGAAACGAAACAUAAUAUUUGACAAAAAAAAAAGAAGAAAAUCGCUCUCGAGCAUCACGAUCGAUACUUCGAUUUCUGUGAUCGGAAAACAAAUGAAUAGAGAGGGCAAAA